GCGGGGCGGGGCCUGCGGGAGCCGGUAGCUGCGGGCGGUCGCCGGGCUGGGCAGGGGCUGCGGCGGCGGCGGCGGCGGGGCAGGGGGCAGGCGGCGGCGGGGCCUGUCGCCGGGGAGGUGCCGCUCAGAUACGGUCCUGAGCAUCAUGAGCACGUGACUUCAAAGAUGGACAACUGGAUCUGUUACAAGUUGUGAUUGGCCUUAAGCUGACUUACAACCGUUGAAGUACUUAACACGAUUUCUCUCAUUCCUGAUUUAUGCCUAUCUAAUUGCCUCACACCACCAGCUUAAUCAUGUAUGGAAGUGCUCGGUCAGUUGGUAAGGUUGAGCCAAGCAACCAGAGUCCAGGGCGUUCACCAAGGCUGCCACGGUCACCACGCUUGGGCCAUCGUCGAACCAACAGUACAGGAGGCAGUUCUGGGAGUAGUACUGGGGGUGGCAGUGGGAAAACCCUUUCUAUGGAAAAUAUUCAGUCCUUAAAUGCUGCCUAUGCUACAUCUGGCCCUAUGUAUCUAAGUGACCAUGAGAACGUGGGUGCAGACACCCCAAAAAGCACCAUGACUUUGGGCCGAUCUGGGGGGCGGCUGCCUUAUGGUGUUAGGAUGACUGCAAUGGGUAGCAGCCCUAACAUUGCCAGUAGUGGAGUUGCCAGUGAUACUAUUGCAUUUGGAGAGCACCAUCUCCCUCCGGUGAGCAUGGCAUCCACUGUGCCUCACUCACUGCGCCAGGCCAGGGAUAACACGAUAAUGGAUCUGCAGACACAACUCAAAGAAGUAUUAAGGGAAAACGAUCUGCUUCGUAAGGAUGUGGAGGUGAAGGAAAGCAAGCUGAGUUCUUCCAUGAACAGUAUCAAGACCUUCUGGAGUCCUGAGCUAAAAAAGGAGAGAGCUCUGAGGAAAGAUGAAGCUUCAAAAAUCACCAUUUGGAAGGAACAAUAUAGAGUUUUGCAAGAAGAAAACCAGCAUAUGCAGAUGACUAUCCAGGCUCUCCAAGAUGAGCUUCGGAUCCAGCGGGACCUGAACCAGCUGUUCCAGCAGGACAGCAACACUAGAACCAGUGAGCCCUUUGUGGCAGAGCUGACAGAGGAAAACUUCCAACGACUUCAUGCAGAGCACGAACGCCAGGCCAAGGAACUCUUCCUGCUACGUAAAACCUUAGAAGAGAUGGAACUGCGUAUUGAGACACAGAAACAGACCUUAAAUGCACGUGAUGAGUCCAUCAAAAAGCUGCUGGAGAUGCUGCAGAGUAAAGGUCUGUCAGCAAAAGCCACUGAGGAAGAUCAUGAGCGAACAAGACGGUUGGCUGAGGCAGAGAUGCAUGUGCACCACUUGGAGAGCCUUCUCGAACAGAAGGAAAAAGAAAACAACAUGCUGAGAGAGGAGAUCCAUCGUCGAUUUGAAAAUGCUCCUGACACAGCCAAGACAAAGGCUCUGCAAACCGUUAUUGAGAUGAAGGAUUCAAAAAUUUCUUCCAUGGAGCGUGGCCUCCGGGAUUUGGAAGAGGAGAUUCAGAUGUUGAAGUCAAAUGGAGCUCUGAGCACAGAGGAACGUGAAGAGGAAAUGAAGCAAAUGGAGGUGUACCGUAGUCAUUCCAAAUUCAUGAAAAAUAAGGUAGAGCAACUGAAGGAAGAGCUAAGUGCCAAAGAGGCUCAAGGGGAGGACCUGAAAAAAAGAGUGGCUGGUCUCCAGGCCGAGAUUGGUCAGGUGAAACAGGAGCUGUCACGCAAAGACACUGAGUUGCUGGCCUUGCAGACUAAGCUGGAGACCCUCACAAAUCAGUUCUCUGACAGCAAGCAGCAUAUUGAAGUUCUGAAAGAGUCUCUUACAGCUAAAGAGCAAAGAGCUGCCAUCCUGCAGACAGAGGUGGAUGCGUUACGAUUACGUCUAGAAGAGAAGGAGACUAUGCUAAAUAAGAAAACAAAGCAGAUUCAGGAGAUGGCAGAGGAGAAGGGCACUCAAGCAGGAGAGAUCCAUGACCUCAAGGACAUGUUAGAGGUGAAGGAACGCAAAGUUAAUGUUCUUCAGAAGAAGAUUGAAAAUCUUCAAGAACAGUUAAGAGACAAGGAGAAGCAAAUGAGCAGCUUAAAGGAUCGCGUGAAAUCCUUGCAGGCUGACACCACGAACACCGACACUGCCUUGACCACGCUGGAAGAAGCGCUUGCAGAAAAAGAAAGGACCAUUGAGCGCCUAAAGGAGCAACGUGACAGAGAUGAACGAGAAAAACAGGAAGAGAUCGACAACUACAAAAAAGACAUUAAGGACCUGAAAGAGAAAGUCAGCAUUUUGCAAGGAGAUCUCACAGAGAAAGAGUCAUCCUUACUGGAUCUGAAGGAACAUGCUUCAUCCUUAGCUUCAUCAGGACUGAAGAAAGAUUCAAGACUCAAGACACUGGAAAUUGCACUGGAACAGAAAAAGGAAGAAUGUUUGAAGAUGGAAACUCAAUUGAAGAAGCACCCUGAAGUUUUAUUGAGUCAUCCAUCCAAGCCAGCUCAUGAGGCAACACUGGAGGCUAGGGCCAGCCCAGAGCUGAGUGAUCGUAUGCAGCAGCUGGAAAGGGAGGUAACACGGUAUCGGGAAGAAUCUAGCAAGGCUCAAGCUGAAGUGGAUCGUCUUCUGGAAAUCUUGAAAGAGAUGGAAAAUGAGAAGAAUGAUAAGGAUAAGAAGAUAGCAGAACUGGAGAGCCUCACCUCAAGGCAAGUUAAAGAUCAAAAUAAGAAAGUAGCAAAUCUGAAGCACAAAGAGCAAGUGGAGAAAAAGAAGAGUGCACAGAUGCUGGAGGAGGCCAGGAGACGAGAGGAUAAUCUUAAUGACAGCUCCCAACAGCUUCAGGACAAUCUACGUAAAAAGGAUGAUCGGAUUGAAGAAUUGGAAGAGGCACUCAGAGAAAGUGUUCAGAUAACUGCAGAGCGGGAAAUGGUGCUAGCACAAGAGGAGUCAGCCAGGAUCAAUGCUGAGAAACAGCUGUUCAAUGAAUCAGUGCAUGAGGUCAACCAUUUUGGCUUUAAAUGGUUCAAGGUAGAAGAGUUGAUGAUGGCCAUGGAGAAGGUUAAGCAAGAGCUGGAGUCAAUGAAAGCAAAAUUGUCCUCUACACAACAGUCUUUGGCUGAGAAGGAAACUCAUUUGACCAACCUACGAGCUGAGAGAAGGAAACAUUUGGAGGAAGUCUUGGAAAUGAAACAAGAAGCCCUUCUUGCUGCCAUUAGUGAAAAAGAUGCCAAUAUUGCUCUGCUAGAACUUUCAUCCUCUAAGAAGAAGACCCAAGAUGAAGUGGCUGCACUGAAACGAGAGAAAGACCGUCUUGUGCAACAGCUUAAGCAGCAGACUCAGAACCGUAUGAAGCUGAUGGCUGACAACUAUGAGGAUGACCACCUCAAAUCCUCAUCCCAUUCCAACCAAACCAACCACAAGCCCUCCCCUGACCAGAUAAUUCAGCCCCUCUUAGAACUUGAUCAGAAUCGCAGCAAGUUGAAGUUGUACAUUGGACAUCUGACAGCCCUCUGCCAUGACCGUGACCCCCUGAUUCUGCGUGGACUCACCCCACCUGCUUCCUACCACCUGGAUGAUGACCGGGCAGCUUGGGAGAAAGAGCUGCAGAAGAUGACCCAGGAGCAGCUUCAUGACGAGUUAGAAAAGGGCGAGAAGGAAAGCGCAGAGCUGCAGGAGUUUGCCAAUGCCAUCUUACAGCAGAUAGCGGAUCACUGCCCUGACAUCCUGGAGCAAGUCGUCAAUGCACUUGAGGAGUCGUCAUGACCUCAGCCACUAGCCCCACUGGAGCAGCACACCAGUGGCAAAGCCCAGUCAGUCCAAGGAGCCAUGAGAAUGGAGAGGAAUGUGAAAGACAGAAAAUGGAAUAGAAACUUCUGGUGCACCUUUUACAAAGAAAACAAAAGAAAAAAAAAACCUCUAAAAACUACGUGCUCUACAUGCUCUCUAGGUUCUUCCAGUCUAUGAUUAAUCAGUCAUGUUUGCAUUCAUCUUCCCACUGCCUUUCUACUUUAGAAUUCGAUUCCCCAUUGACUUUGUUGAUGGUGACUUUUGGAUACAGCUAAGCAGAGCUCUUCCAAGUCUACUGAGCAAAGAAGAGGGGAUCCACUGAAUACAAGCAGCUCUAGUUCUCCAUGAGGUUGCAGAAGGAUAGCCCUUGCCUUGCCUUUCAUUCAUUUAUUGCUUCUUUCUUUUUUCUUUCUUUCUCUUUCUUUUUUUUUUUUUUUUCAUAAAAGCUGAAAGCCUGAAUUUUACAGUGCUAAAACCAAACCUGAGUGUGCUCUGAUUAUGGCUCGUGACUGGCCAGCAUCAGCUAGCUAGCUCAGGUCUUGCUGCCUGUCUUCAAUGUUUCUUACGUUCUUAAAUAACAGAGAGAGGAAAGGAAAGUUUCCCUAUUUGUUCCUGUUAGUCACUUCAUCUAGCAGCUGGGAAACAAGGUAGGCAUACUGGUACUUUCUGUUUACUUAACUUUGAUUUUUGUUGUUCACUGAUCUGACUCUGAAGUGCUGAGUGGGGCAUUUUUUCGGGUAACUGUUUUCAUCUGUUGAUUUCUUGGGUUUUUUAGCUGAGGUUUCUCAUCAUAGGUCUGUUCUAAGUCCUUAUUUUAUAGAGAGCUCUCUCCCUUCGAGCAGGUGUGGUCAACAGGUCAGCUCCCAAUUUUAACUUGUAUUGUUUGUCCAUUGCCAAUUUUUCAGGCCAUAGCUUUGCGAACACUAGCUGCCAUCAGAAUAGUCUUAGGUGUUUUGUAAAUGAGAAAAUUGUGUCAUUUAGCUUGAAAGUAUAAUUUUAAAGCUAAGUUAGGUAAAUCGGUAACAUAGUUCUUACUAUAAUUAUAAUUUAAUUUAUUUUGGUUUAGCUUAGGUUGACGAGGAAUGAGUUUGAGUUCAGAGCAAUAACCCAUUCUUAUAAAGAGGAGCAUCUCUGCUGGAGUUGGCACCCAGCUGAGUAGAUAGGUAUAAAAUCACAGCUUUAGUUAAACCAGUGCAAUUCUUAUAUGUAUAUGAGAGGCCUUAGUCUUGUUCCCAUCCAUCUUUGACACUUGUUAAAGCCCCUGCUGAUAGGUAAUACGACCUGAAACAGCAGGUCAGUUUGUCGUUGUGGUAGCAAGUCAGAAUCCUAUUUUAUGAGUAGGACUUGGGUGUUCUUUCUUGGACUAUGCAUUAAUGGGGAGACACGUUUUUUCCUGGCUACCAGUGGUUAUGUGUGUCUGGGGGCAUCUGCAGGACAGAACCCUUUAACACGUCCCCAUGUGCUCCUUAAAGGAGUUGUUCCCCUUUAGCUUUCUCAUAUUACUUCAGAGAAUGAGGGGAGGAUGAAAGGAGACCAAAUAUCAACACAGCAGUGGAAGAAAUUUUGGUUUUCUAGUCACUAGCUAAUUAUGAAUCCUCUCAGUAAACCUCCCAUUCAGAGCCUGCAGUUUAAUUCCAUAUGACUGACUACAUUUUGAGCUUAAUCACUAAACUGUUAUGCUAAGGAAAAUGUUCCAAGCCCUUUCAGGAAAACUUCAUUUCUUAGGCCUUUCAAAUCCACAGCACAGCUCCCCUGUAGGUCUUUCACACCUUAUUUUUAUCUUUACAAUAAAGACCGAUUGCUUCCAAUAGAAAGGAGAUCAGCAAAAGUUUGAGUAAGAGAAGAUGUAUCCUGUCUUUUUUUCAAACAAGAAAAUUUAGCUAAAUUUUCUUGAUUUAGCUAAAACCUCCUGGAGAACAAACAUGCUUCUCACAGAAGGCCAUGCACCAGAGAGCAG